AAGGUCGGAGUCGUGCUCAAAGCAUGCUCAAAGCGGUGUUCGAAGUGUACAACAAAAACUUUGAGGUUAAAGUAAUAUAUGCAAUCCCCGUCGCUUCUACGUUUUGAAUUUCUUCGAAUCGAGCAAAGCGAUACACACACGAAAUGCAUUACAAGGGCUUGUACUCGUCGAAAAUGAUUACCAGAUUACUCGCCAACAAAUUUAUCCAGCAUAUUUCAACGAGACAUAUGUCAACUGGACUGAAUCUAUGGGAGCAUGACGUCAAUCCCGAGAUAAAACAUAAAAUUGAACAACAUUGGAAGCAUAAACUGAGAGACGAUCUCUUCAAUGCACAUGACCACUCUAAAGAAAAAUUCUAUGUUCUAUCAAUGUUUCCUUAUCCGUCAGGCCAGCUACACAUGGGCCAUGUCCGAGUAUAUUCCAUCAGUGACACGAUAGCUCGAUUCUAUAGAAUGAAAGGUAAAAACGUGCUGCAUCCAAUGGGUUGGGAUGCGUUUGGCUUGCCUGCUGAAAAUGCAGCUAUGGAACGUGGUUUGGAUCCUGCUGCGUGGACCGAAGACAACAUUAAGAAGAUGAGAGUUCAAAUGGACCGACUGGGAUGUUCGUUUGAUUGGGAAUGUGAACUAGCAACGUCUAAUCCAGAUUACUAUAGAUGGACUCAGGAAUUAUUCAUAAAAUUGUUUGAAAACGGUUUAGUUUAUCGUAAGGAGGCAUUGGUAAAUUGGGAUCCUGUGGAUCAAACUGUGCUUGCAGAUGAACAAGUCGAUGAUAAUGGCUGUUCUUGGAGAUCAGGUGCCAAAGUUGAGAAGAAAAUUCUCAACCAGUGGUUUAUCAGGACAACUGCCUUUGCCAAGCCGUUGCUGGAUGGUCUGAACGAUCCUGAGUUGAAAGGAUGGCGAGAUGUGAUAAAUUUGCAAAAACACUGGAUAGGGGAAUGCAAUGGCCUUUCCAUAGACUGUCGUUUAGUUUCUGAUGAUCCGAGUUAUCCUAAAACAAUCACUCUUUGGACCGACAAGCUGGAAUCGAUCGAAGAUGCGAAGUUUGUCGCUGUGUCAUCAGGCAGUUUUCUGGAUAAAAUCGAGGGGUCCAAAGAUCCAAAUGAUGUAUUCAAGUUAUUGAAUACAUGCAUAGUCAAUCCUUUCAACAAUAAAACGCUACCGAUUUAUGUCACAGAUGCUAUAGAGUAUGAUUUGUUUACCGACAGCCACAUUGGCAUUCCGACCUCAUCAGAUACUGAUGCAGAAUUAUGUAAGACUUUUGGGAUAGACUUUGAGUUGAAACACAAGCUAUCAUCUAGUCAGAUUGAGGAAAAGCGAGCAGAGAUAUUGAAGAAAGCAACAGAUUUAAAUAUCGGUAGAUAUCCUGUGAGUUCAAAGUUGAGAGAUUGGUUAAUAUCUCGUCAACGUUAUUGGGGAACACCAAUUCCAAUUGUCCAUUGUGAGCACUGCAAAGUUCAACCGGUUUCCAGGGAUCGGCUUCCAGUGGUUUUGCCAAAGUUAAAUAUCACUACAAAAUCAGGAAAAUCCCCUCUGCUACAAGCUACCGAAUGGCUGGAAACAAAGUGUCCAAAAUGUGGUGGAAAGGCAACUAGAGAAACUGACACUAUGGAUACAUUUAUGGACAGCUCUUGGUAUUUCAUGAGAUACAUAGAUUCUAAGAACAAUACCGACAUGUUUUCCAAGGAAACGGCUAAAGAAAUGUUACCUGUUGAUUUAUACAUCGGUGGAAAAGAACAUGCUGUUCUGCAUCUAUAUUACGCGAGGUUCAUCAGUCACUUUCUACACUCCCAAGGCUUAGUACCGACACGAGAACCUUUUCAACAGCUGCUAGUCCAAGGAAUGGUAAAUGGUCAAACAUAUCGUGUACAAAGUACCGGAAAGUACCUAAAAGCAGAUGAAGUUGAGAAGAAGGGGAAGAACAAAUUUGUGCACAAAGAAUCAGGAAGUCCUGUGGUUGCUGCCUGGGAAAAGAUGUCCAAAUCUAAAUACAAUGGCGUCGAUCCUGCAGACAUAUUUAAUGAACAUGGAACAGAUAUGACCCGAUUAAUUAUCUUAGCAGAGGUGGCUCCAACAUCGCCUCGAAAUUGGUCAACACUCACAUUCCCGGGUAUCAUCAAGUGGCAGCAUCGAUUGUGGCUGACGAUAAGAAACUUUAUACAAGGACGGAAAGCGUUGACUCCUGAACAAUUGGAUACAAUACCCAAUGAAGAUAAAUUUGUAGAACAAGAGAACAUUUUGUUCGACGCUAGAAAUUAUUAUAUAAAAGGGGUUACUAAAAACAUAAUGUGUACUCGUCAAUUAAGUGUCGCCAUAUCAAAAAUGCAAGGACUUACGAAUAGCAUACGCAGAUCUGCUCCAGAUGUUAUAGCGCAAGGCUGUGAAUAUGAGAGAACCUUAGCAGCACAAGUAAUAAUGCUCGCUCCAUUUGCUCCGCACUUUGCUUCAGAGUUGUGGGCUGGGUUCUGUUCAGCGCCUCAUCUCACAAGUAAUAAAAAUAUUCGUGAGCAAGAAAUACAAUGGGAUAAAGGAGUGUUGCAACAAAAUUGGCCAGAAAUUGACAUGGAGUACGAAUUGAAUCUAAAUGUUGUGGUAAACAAUGUAGAAGUUAUGUCAUUGGAAGUGCCUCGAUAUGUGUUGGAAAAUAUGACUUCCGACGACGCGGUGCGGUAUACAAUAGAAAGUCCAAAGUUCCAGGCAUUCCUGAAGAAUUGGAAAGUUGUCGGUGCUACAUUUCACGCAGCGCAAGGCUUUGAUGCAUCCAUUGAAAUCAGUACCGAAAAACCAACAAAAGAAUUAGAGAUGCAAGAAACGCAAGUGUGAAUGAGUUAGGUGUUGACCUUACAGGUUCUCCAAGAUAACCAUUGUGCGGGAAAGUUUCCAGAAAUUUGAUGUAGUCACUUGGUAUGCCACUUUCCCGAGCUCCCUUCAAAAUUGUGUCCCUUGAGGGGGAAAAACAUUAUAUUCAAAUGUCUUGCCAGGAACUAUAAACUAGUUGAUAAGCAGAAUAAUACCUGUAAGCAGCAGAAGGUCUUCUAUCCUGUGGUAAAAGAUCGCCGGUGAGGUGCUCCUGUGGGUUGUUGCAUUGCUGGUAGACUUUGCACUUCAGAAACGAACCAUUCGGUGUUUCAAUAUCCA